CAGCCGCGUGAAUAGCCCCUUUGCGGAGCGUGGUAUGGAAAGCGCGCCCAAGAAAGUGCUCGUGCCGGUGGCCGACGGCUCGGAAGAAAUCGAGUCGGUGACGAUCAUCGACGUCCUUGUCCGGGCCGGGGCCGCCGUGACCGUGGCCUCUGUCAUGCCCUCCGCCUCGACUGCCACUUUGCCCAGGUCGUGGCAGGUGACGUGCUCUCGUGGUGUGAAGCUCGUGGCGGACAAGGGCAUCGACGACUGCCUGGGGGAGGAAUGGGAUUUGAUCGCCUGCCCAGGCGGACUGCCGGGGGCGGAACAUUUGCGGGAUUCCCCCGCCCUUUUGACGCUGUUGCAACGUCAAGAUAAAGCCCAACGCCUUGUGGCUGCCAUCUGCGCCUCGCCCGCGGUGGUUUUACACACCCAUGGCUUCUUGACAGGGAAACGCGCCACGUGUUUCCCGGCGGAACGCUUCGUGUCGAGCCUGGCUCGCUACGAGGACGGGGAGGAGGGCGUGGUGGAGGACGGGCAUGUGGUCACGAGCCGUGGCCCGGGGACGACGCUUCGCUUCGCCUUGACCUUAGUCGAUCGCUUGUGCGGACGGGCGAAGGCAGAGGAGGUGGCGAAAGGCUUAUUGGUAGACUACCCGGGAAAGGGGAACUAG